GAAAAGAGCAAAUGACCCAGUUUGAACAUCACCGUCUAUGGUGGGUCAAGCUACAACCUAAUAGACUUUUGCUCUGAAGAAAACAACAAAAAAUUUGCUUUCUUCUCUAGGCAAAGUUUGCUUUUGUAUCAGUGAUAAACCUACUAAAACCCCUUUCUUUGAGAGAAAUUUGGAAAUGGGGUUUGAUGAAAUGGAACCAAUUUUUGGGCGAAUAAAUGCAGAGUGGUCAGCACCUCACAAAACCCCUUUAAAGUCUUUCCUCUUUCAUGUCCACGGAUUGCCAAGUGAUCCCUCUACCCUCCAUGUCUGCGCCACUGACUUCCAUUCAAAUACAUGGGACGCUUUGAAGUCUGCGCAGGAGCUUGAAGAUAUGAGGGACAGAACUGGUAUAGGAGGCUCUUGGUCUGACUUUGUAGAUUACCUUAUAGCUGCCGUAAAGUCUGAAGAUGUGAAGCUUGUUAUGGAUGGACAGUCAAAAGUUGGAGGCGCUGCGCAUGCAAAAUUGGUUGCCCAGAAAGCCAAGGGGAUGCCAAGAAUUGCUAUAUCACUUAGUAAACUUGUGGAUACUGCAGCAACUGAAGCAAUGGCAAAUCUUUCUUUGGAACUCUACACAACAUUCACAAAUGUACAUAAUUUGCUUAAAGCUGAGCAACAACGAUGCUGUGAGUUGAUAAAUGUAUUAUCUGAAGAAAAGGAAAAGAAUGAAACUGCGCAGAAGCAACUCGAUGCACUUCUGUACUCUAAAAGACAAAAGAUUACUGAAAACACAGCCUCAGAUACUGCAACUGUCAGUAGCUCACUAGAGUCUCCAGUUAAGCAAGCAGCCCAACUUCCCUCUACUAAGGUGACUAACCGUGUGGUACCAGCACAUCGUAGGGCCAGAGUCCGAGGUGUCCUUUUGCAUGAUACUGAAGAGGAGAGGCAAGAUUAAGAAACUGUCAUUUAUCUCCGUGAUUGAUUGAAGCAUUCACACAUGAGCUCUUCUGUAAAUACCGUAUGAUGGAAAAUAUGGCGUUAAUUAAUUGAUGUGUAAAACAGUCUUUGUUUAUGGUGACCAAGGUGAACUUCCUUCAUCCAAGUUUUAUCCACUUACCGGAAGACUUGUCAAGGAUCAAGGUUUUUCUCUUUAUUGAUUGCAGUGACCAUGGUGUUGAAUGCUUGCAAACAAAAGUAGAUGGAAAGCUAGCUGAGUUGUUUCACCAAGGACUAGAAUGUAAGAAUGUAAAUGU